UAAACUCAUAAAUAAAUUCAAAGAUGACGUUAACAAUAAAGAUGAUGUUAACAAUAAAGAUGAUGUUAACAAUAAAGAUGACGUUAACAACAAAGAUGACGUUAACAAUAAAGAUGAUAAUGGUACUAAUACAAAUGACCAAAAUGCAUUUUUUAAGUUUAUCGAAGGCAGAAGAUUUCAUAAUAUCGAAGGUGUACAAUAUCCAUUGCCUAAUGAUGAUGAUGAAUGCGAUAGAUUACAUCUUCAGCAUUUCUUGUUUAGACAUGUAUGGCAGAAUAAUUUCUCUUCACCAGUUGAUCACAUUUUAAAAAAUUCAAGCACAAAAGUUCUCGAUAUCGGCUGUGGAGCAGGUUCUUGGAUACUUGAAAUGUCAUCAACCUACCAAUAUGCCAAAUUUAUAGGCAUGGAUAUCACACCACAUCAACCUUUAAAAAUCAAACCACGUAAUCUUUCAUUUGUUCAGGCAAAUGCAUUAGAAGGGCUUCCAUUUAAUGACAAUGAAUUUGAUUUUAUAUAUCAUCGAUUGUUAUUUACGGCAUAUCCCGAAUCAAAAUGGCCAUAUGUGGUAGAUGAAAUGGUGAGA